AAGGAGAACUUUUCCCCAGUACCGUGUGGAGCACAAAGCCAAAUUCCCCAAAAAACUCGCACGUUCCCCCCUCUCAGCCACCCAAAGACGGAUUCCUCCGUUGCCCCGAAGCAAAGCCCCGAAGGACACCCGAGCCCCGGCCGAGAGAGACGAAACGGGAGUCCGCUUUCCCGAAAAUCGUCCGGGGGGAAGACAACAUGGCGGAUGGAAGUUCGUGCAGACAAUAUGCUUGACUCACACUUUUCCACCUUUUUUUAGGGUCUUUCUAGGGUCUAGUGUAUCGCCAAGAUGACCUCUUUGCACUGCGUCAUCCACCCUCUGCCGGGGACCGAAGAUCAGCUCAAUGAAAGAUUGAAAGAAUUAGGAUUACGUUUAAAUUGGUCGGGUGGUGUUGGUGUGAGUGCUGUGGCAGGGCUACGAGAAAACAUCAGACAGGUUGCAAUUGGUCCAUCACACAUUGCAGUGCUCACUGAAGAUGGACGAGUUGCAAGACUUGUCUUUUCCAUCAAUACAGAUGCCUUGGAUCUCAACAAGGCAGAUCAUAAGCAAGGCAGGAAUUGCAACAAGAGCAACAACCAGAGCAGCACCAAGUUGACAGCUCGCAUGUCCACUGGAGGAAGAAGGAUUGUGCGCACGACUUCUGGGUCUGGGGGAGUGAGAGGGCGUGGAACGGGGGUUAUCAUGGGAUCUUCGCGACCCAUGCUCCCUGCCCAGUAUGUGCCAGAAGAACUCAUUUCCCAGGCUCAGGUAGUCCUUCAGGGCCGGAGUCGUAAUCUAAUCAUUAGAGAAUUACAGCGUACCAACUUGGAUGUGAACUUAGCAGUGAAUAACCUGCUGUCAAGAGAUGAUGAGGAUGUAGAAGAACCUGAGGAAAGUGGAGAUUCCUAUGUACCUGAAGACCUCAUCUCCCUCUUGGAUGCUGGAAUUUCUGUUGCUGCUGACCACCCCUCUGUAAUAAUCGAUGCAGAUGCUAUGUUCUCUGAUGACAUGUUUGGAUACUCUUCUGUGCGCAGCCGAUCUGGCGGAAGCCGUGGAAGGGCAGGAGAACGUGACCGUGAGGGGUCAGCUGGAUCAGGAGGUUCAGAACACCGAGCGGACAGGGAGUUGAGAUGGAGGGACCGGCACUACUCGGGACCCCGUAAGUGGCUCUCGAACGCGCUGCUGUCGGUUAGAGUCACACAGCCCCCCACAGAAGCGGGAAAGAAGAAAGACUUCCUUCUCCCAGAUGCCAUAGAUGUUGCAGACAACCUCCAGUACUGGCCUGAGAGACUAGGGAACCAACCAGCUCCGCGUUUCUCACACAUUGCCGCUCUGCAUUCUGAGCUUGUGGCCGUGUCGACAUCUGGCCAGGUCUACCAGUGGCGUUGGGCAGACAAGGAUCCAUACGUGCAUCCAGAACUCCCAAAUGUGCACCAUCCAAAAGCAGUCUCUCUAGGCCUUGCAGGGGAGAGAGUGGUGGCUAUCAGUGCAGCAGGAGUAAGAUGCAGUGUUGCCACUGAGUCUGGCAAGGUGGCAACUUGGUUAGACGAAACCUUAGCAGAUGUGGCAGCAAA